CAGCAUCACAGACCCCCGAGCUUAAGAUGUGGAACGUAGGACAUCUAGAUCGGUCAUACGAUGACUCUGUCGUCCAACAGCUCCAUACGACGUCGGCAGAGUAUCAACCGCCGUCACUUGCCACAGAAGCUCCUUUCUAUGCGACGAGGGCGCCUAGUACGAGCGGUCACAACAGCACUCAAGGAUAUUACCACACUGCUAUAUCAGCGGAUGGUGUUACGGAAGAUCUUUCCAGGUUUCAAAACCAUCCACGUGCCUUCUACAGAGCAAACACCAACCAUGUUUACUCAACAAACGAGUACAGUUCUACAGAUGGGAACCCGGAGUCAUCAAGUAGCGCUUCGUUCAUUGCAUCCAGAGCAGGAUCCUACGACUCGGCAUUCCCGCAGUCAGUGACGCCAGAAUCAGGGAUCGGAAGCCAUGUUGACGCCUACAACUACAUGUACGCACACGGCCAAGGGCCCGCAGGCGUAGUGACGAGUCCACCCGAGCUGUCAUCACCAACGACAGCAUACCACCAACAGCACCACAAGAAAAACAAGGCAUCUUCACGGCAGCGGAAGUCUAAGCACCCGUAUCAAGGCUUCGCCCCAGAGGGUCUGACGCCGCCGGGGAGCAGUAGUGGUAACAACAGGUCGAAGCUGCGUAGCGCAUCCCGUACGUCCAAGAAUACGCAUCAUAACCCCCCGGCGACGGCCGAGGAGCGCAAGAGCCGCGAGACGCAUAACAAUGUCGAGAAGCAAUACCGCAACCGACUGAAUGCACACUUCGAGAGCCUUCUCAGCGCACUACCCGAAAGGAUGCAGAGCGGCGAGGGCGAAGAUGGCGGCGAUCUGGAUGCGGGAGACAGACGGGUCAGCAAGGCCGAGGUCUUAGAGAUGGCCAGGAGACAUAUCAAGGCACUAGAGCGGGAGUGUGCCCUCCUUGAGGGAGAGCGGGAUGAGCUUCGGGAUAAUAUGGAGAGGCUUCGUUGGCUCUUUGGCCGCUGCGAAGGCGGCGCUGGCAGCGCCGAGGGCUCUUCUGCAUUCCUAGAUGCCUCAUCUAUGCCUUAAAGGGAUAUGGCCCAUCAAACUCUUUUACG